AUGGCGACUGGAGCACUACAGACACGGCGAUCUCGAGUCCUUGCUGCAGAUCGCUGGAUAACUGUCCUGGCGCUGCACCUGAGCGCAAAAAGAACCACAAAAGCAACCACAAAAGCAACCACGAGAGCAACCACGAGAGCAACCACGAGAGCAACCACAAAAGCAACCACGAAAGCAACCAAAAACGCAAAUAAAAAAGCAACCAAGAAAAGAACCACGAAAACAACCAAAUCAACCGAGAAAGCAACCAAGAAAAGAACCACAAGACCAACCACGAAAACAACCAUGCCGUCUAAAACUACAACCCCCACAACAGUCACCAGAACAGCCCCCACCAUCACCCCUACCACAACCAUCACCACAACAACAACAUCAACAGCAACGCUCAUCCCCCGCAGUCAUGUUUCGUCCGUGGGUCAAAACACCACCUCCCCAGACUUCGACGUCCAAUCAGGAAGUCACACAACCACAACCACCCCGACCGCAUCAACCACCACCACGUCAGCAACACCCACCACCGCCGCCACCACCACCACCCUACCACUACCCACCACCACCACCACCACACCACUACCCACCACCACCACCACCACCCUCUCAGCAACAUCCACCACCGCCACCACCUUAACACCAGUCACCACCACCGCCAGCCCAGCAAAAGUCACCCCCACCUCAACGAUAACAAUCACGUCCACCGCCAUAACUCCCAUCCGAUCAACUCCUGACCUGACCUAACCUGACCGGCCCUGUCCCCAUCGUCUCCUCAACAAGCCAGCCAGAGGUCGGUCACACUUCGUCGUGAUAUUUGAAGUGUCUCGGAGUAAGGUUAUCAGUGCGGUUAAUCCUGCUUGUCAGUACAGCCGUAGUCUGAGCCCUCUCGAGACCACCUUGCUUUUAUUUGCAUUUUUUUUUCCAGAGUCGUUUUAUUGUGUUCUU